GCUGGCUUGGGACGGGCGCCGCCCUCCUGCUGGCCAGCGUCGCGACCCCUGGUGCCGGCGCCGACCUGCUGCAGCAGUUGUCGCGCGCCCACUUCGACUUCACGCUCAGCCUCUAUUCGGCGCUGGCCGACGACACCGCCAGCCGACAGCAGGACUUGCUCGUCUCGCCGUACUCAGUGUUCUCACUGCUGUCGAUGCUGUUCCUGGGCGUCGGCGCCGAGUCGCCAUCGGCGGCGCAGCUACGCGAUGUGCUGCACUUCCAGAACAUCAGCUACUCCCAUGUGCAGCGCGCCUUCCAGCAGGCGGCGCAGGUGAUGCGACACCCCUACUACAAGGAUCGCUUCCUGGAGGAGAUGGCGCUGCUGCUGGCGCACGACGUGAACGUGUCAGACUUCUACUCGCGCGCGCUGGACGAGUUCUACCGGCGGACAGUGGUCGCGGUGGACUUCGGCGAGCCAGAGGUCAGGCUCGGGCUGCGCCAGUGGCUACUGAACAGCACCGAAGACCAUCCAACGCCCGCUGACGCCCGGCUGCCCGAGCGACCGGUGCUGCUGAUGAUGUCGAAGGUCCACUUCCAUGGACAGUGGAUGCAGCCGUUCAACGCCUCCAUGACCUUUGACAAGGGUCUUUUCUUCCACGAAGGCUCUCAAAGGAUGGAGGUGCCCGUGAUGACGGGACGGUUCCGGCUGCCGAUCGGCUACAGUCACGACCUGGAGGCGCGCGUGCUGGAACUGCCGCUCCAGGAGCGUCGUCUCUCCAUCUUCAUCCUCCUGCCAGACGCGCUGGAAGACGGUCUGCACCGGCUCGAGACCAACCUGACCACGGAUAACCUACGCGCCAUGCUCUCCACGCUGAAGGACGAGACGGUGCACGUGAAGCUGCCACGCUUCCGGCUGGCCUGCUCUGGUCACCUGCGGCGCGUGCUGAUGGCGCAGGGCCUGACGCACGUGUUCGACCCGAGGACGGCCGCCAUGACCGGCAUCAACGCUGACGGCCGGGUGCACCUCAGCGACCUGCUCUUCUCGGCCAGUGUGGUGGUGGACGAGUCCGGCGGGUACUUCGAGGUGGACCACCCGUUCGUGUUCCUCGUCUGGGACUACUACUCGGCCAUGGUGCUGCUGAUGGGCCGCGUGGUGCACCCGGAGCCCAUCCUCGACUGA